AUGUCUUUCAAGAUCGCCGCCGCUGCCGCUUUGGCUACCCUCGCCUCCACCGUCUCUGCUCACGGUCACCUCCAGAGCAUUGGUGCAUCUGGCACUACCUAUGCUGGAUUCAACAACUCUAUCCUCUACUCAAACACCAAGCCCGACCUGAUUGCCUGGUCCGACACUGUCAAGGACAAUGGCUACGUCGCUGACUACACCAGCCCUGACAUGAUCUGCCACGCUGGUGCUGGCAACGCUAAGCUCUCUGCCCCUGUCAACGGUGGUGAUUCUAUCUCCUUCAACUGGGACACCUGGCCUACUUCUCACAAGGGACCCGUCAUCACUUACCUCGCCAAGUGCGAUGGUGACUGCGCUGACGCCGACAAGGCCUCCCUUAAGUGGUUCAAGAUCGAUGCCACCGGUAUCGUCUCUGGAGACAGCAACACUGGUACUUGGGCCUCCGACAAGCUGAUCUCUGACGGCUUCAAGUGGGAUGUUAAGAUCCCCGACACCAUUGCCUCGGGUAACUACGUCGCUCGUCACGAGAUCAUCGCUCUCCACAGCGCCAACAACGUUGGUGGUGCUCAGAACUACCCUCAGUGCAUCAACAUCGAGGUCAAGAGCUCCGGUUCUGACGAGCCCGAGGGUGUUGUCGGUACCGAGCUGUACACUGCCCAGGACAAGGGUAUCUACGUCAACAUCUACUACCCUCCCUUCGAGCAGUACGACAUGCCCGGCCCUGCCCUU